AUGACUUUGAUUGAUAGAACCGGCUUUUUCCCCGACUACUAUCUUAACCUGAAAAACUCGCAGUCGGACGUUUUUGAUGUGCAGAUUGGUAAGAUAACUGCAUGUCGCAACGAUUACGAGCGGCUGACAUUUGUCGAACAAUUUCCCGGUAUACGUGAACACGACGGACAACUGCAAGUGAAAAGGGAGUUCGUUGGUAAAAAUGCUGACACUGCAGCGCAACUCAAGGAGAAGGGAAAUCAGGCGUUCAAAGCAAAAAAUUGGUUCGAAGCGAUGCUUUUCUAUACAAAAAGUUAUAUGGCCUUGCCAGAGGACAAAGUGAAUGAACGUGCCAUCAUUUUGGCUAAUCGCUCUGCCACCCUCUUUCACAUGGAGAAAUAUGAUGAGACCCUGAUUGAUGUUCAGCGCUCCAUCGAUUUGGGUUAUCCAAAGGAUCUCAUAUACAAGCUGUACGAACGUCAGGCGCGUUGCUAUAUGGUAAAGAAAGCCUACCCCAAUACCAUAGCUUCCUUCAAAAAAUGCAUCACUGCUUUGGAUGAUGCCAAAGUGCCUUCGGAUCGACGCAGCAAAUUGAGCUUGGAUGCCAUGACCAUGAUAAAAAUGCUGGAAAGAGAUCCGCUGACGGCUAAACAGGCGGCGAGGCAGCAAAAAUUCGGUGAAGCUAAAUUAACAAUGGCGAUACCCGAUGAAAAGGAGUUUCUCAGCGAUAAUGUACGUUUCGAUCAGAAUCCGUCAGAGGGUCGCUUUGCGCGUGCCGCCACUGAUAUUACUGUGGGCGAGGAGAUAUUGGUGGAAAAACCAUUUGUGGCGGUGCUGUUGGAGAAAUUCUCCAAAACACAUUGCGAUAACUGUUUUAUUAGAACUGCUAUACCUGUGGCCUGUCCAAAGUGCGCCGAUGUGCUCUACUGCUCCGAGGAAUGUUUAUCCAAAGCCAGUUCUACAUAUCAUAAAUACGAAUGUGGUAUUUUGCCUACAAUUUGGCGUUCCGGCGCUUCAGUUAAUUGUCGUAUGGUUUUGCGCAUUGUUGCCAAUAAGCCUUUGGAAUAUUACUUAAAAAUUAAACCUGAUAUCGAAAAGGAUUUACCCCUCGAGGAAAUUUUGAAACUACCUUCCGAUGACUACAGACGCGUUUCACAUCUAGAACGUCACGAAAAAUCGAGACCAGCCUCCAAUUUGUUCCAGCAUACACUUAUGGCACGUUUUCUAACCAAGUGCCUCGCAGAGGCUGAUUACUUUGGUGCAACACCUAAACCCGAAGAUCUGAUCACUGUAGGCGGCAUAAUAUUGCGCAGUUUGCAAUUCAUACAAUUCAACACACACGAAGUGGCCGAAUUGCAUGCAAAGCAGGCCGAUGGCAAUGAGAAAACGGUCUUCAUUGGCGGUGGACUCUAUCCGACUUUGGCGCUCUUCAAUCACUCCUGUGACCCCGGUGUGGUGAGAUACUAUCGUGGUACUACCAUACAUGUGAACACUAUACGUCCCAUUGAGGCGGGUAUGCAAAUCGCCGAAAACUAUGGUCCCAUUUAUACGCAGGAAGGGCGUGAAAAACGUCAGGCACAGCUCAAAGAGCUGUACUGGUUCGAUUGCACUUGUGAUCCCUGUCUGGAGAAUUGGCCCACCUUCGAACGCAUGCCGACCGAUAUCAUACGCUUUCGCUGUGAUGGGCCCAAAACGUGUAGGGCUAUAAUUGAGGUGCCGGCAACGUGCAAUGAUUUCAUGAUUAAAUGCGUGACUUGCGGCGAGAGCACCAACAUUUUAAAGGGUCUCAAAGUGAUGCAGGAUACCGAAUUGAUGACACGCACCGCCAAGCGUCUCUACGAAGCCGGCGACUACUCAAAGUCACUGAAUAAAUUCAUUGACUUACUAAAGAUCAUGUACGAGGUGUUGGCACCGCCCUUCCCCGAUUUUUGCCUGUGUCAACAGCAUGCAAAGGACUGCUUCCUGCACUUGGGUAAUUUCUAUAAUCUCAAUUAAAGCGUAGUUAUGUAUACUCAUGUAGGUAAUUGUUGUUGUGCCAUUGUCAUUAGUAAUGAAAUUYGAGUUGGUUGCGCGGCAAUUUGUAAUUGUGCAAUCAUUGACAUUCAAUAUUUAUUAAAGUUUUAUUUUCAGCUAUAAA